AUCACUUCACGUAAUGACACAGGACUUUGCACUUCUCUCCUUUCAUGAGGAAGUCUGGGCGCGAGCUGCCCAGGAGCCAGGGGGAAAUAUGAACUGAUCUGUGUUUCUUCUGAGGCACAUUGAAAACUUGGAAGAAACAGUCAGCUGCUGCACCUUGCAAGGAAAGCCUGCAGGCUGCCGUGGACAGGAUGUUCAGGAGCAACAGCCCCUUCAGCUGUGACACCAACAGCCACACAGGAUCCAUGAGGUCCAACGGUUAUUCCACGAUGGAUGAGACGUCAUCGGAAAUUUCAAACCUGUCCAGGCCUAGUGCAAAGUCCAUUUACUUGCAGAGAAGGCAUUACGCAGCUGCAGUAACCAAGAUGAUGGAAAAAAAUCAGUAUAGGGUGGAGCACCUGUUCACUUGUGAUCUGGAUGGGAAGGACCUGAGCAACGUCAGAGACUGUGUGGAGCGCCUGAAGCUGCUGGACCAGAUGGGCCGAGUGUGGGGUCAGAACAUGAUGCUGGAGGUGCAGGGGGCAAACCUGCUGCUCAGUGACAUUGAAACAAAGGAGGAGCUGGAGUCCAUUUCUCUCAGCCACAUCCUGGAGCUGAAUGCCGUGUUGAAUAUUGAAGGGUUCAGCUCCCUCCUCAUCAUGUCGGUGCAGCUGCACAGAAAACCCACCACCAUCUUCAUGUUCCAGUGUGAGGAGAUCAGGGCAGAUUACAUUGAAAAGGAUUUAAAACGAGCUCUGGCAAACAGGUUUGAGGCCUCAGACUUCAGCAGCAAAGCAAGAGGGCAGAGACAACGUGAAAAUGGCGAACUUGAUGAGUCGAAAGUGGCUGGACCUCCUGAAGAUUAUGAGGAAAAAGAACCUGCGCCUCGAAAGCCUCCCAGCAGUCCGCCUCCUCCUAAAGCGUACACAGAACUCCAGAGGAAAGUGGAUAUUUUAAAUCAUAUAUUAAAUGAUGUAGAGGUCUUCAUCGGGCGAAUAGCAGCUGCUGGUGCCAAAAAUCUAAAGAAAAAUAAGAAAAAGAAAAAAGCUGUAAAAGGAAUGCCGUCUACAGAGGAGUUUGCAGCAUGUCUCCAGAAAAUCAAAUAUGGUUUUAACCUCCUGGGGGAACUCAACGGGCUGAUCAAAGAUCCCAGUGCUGCUGAUUUUGUGCACUCCCUAUUCUCUACAUUAAAAUUUGUGGUACCUCACUGUGCUGAAAAUCUGCCUCAGACCAUCAUCGCGCCUCUCUUCACGCCUCAGUGUAUCCGCUUCAUGAGUGAAGAAGCGACACCAGAGGAGGACCAGCUGUGGCAGUCUCUGGGAGACCCCUGGAACAUCCCAAGCACUCAGUGGCCAGAAGAUGAUGAGGACAUUCCAACAUACACUCUGGAGUUCUAUGAUGGCUGGCAGCCUCCUGAGGUCACGGCAGCAUCAGAACCUGAAAGCAGACAGGAGAGUCCAGAACCUUCACCGAGUCUCAAACCCUCACAUCAAACAAGCAGCAAAAAUGAGCAGAUUCCCAGAGACCAGAAGCAGCAGCCGCAGCCGCAGUCGCAGUCGCAGCCACAGUCGCAGCCACGGCCACAGUCGCAGCAACAGCCCCGGCAGCAGCCACAGCCGCAGCCGCCUCCGCAAAGACCUCGUCCAGUUCAGACAAAGAUUUGUGACCUGCGUGUCAAGGUUGAUUUCAUUUCAAGAAACUCCAGAGAGCUCACUGUCAGAAGAGGAGAAAUGGUUGAGCUGCUGGACAAGUCAAAGCAGUGGUGGAAGGUGAGGAACAGUAGAGGGGAGGAAGGUUAUGUUCCCAACAAUGUCCUGGAGGAUGAAGAUGAGCAACCCUAUGAGCAGGCUUUGGUGUCUCCUGUGCUAACAAAGAAGUCCAAACCAGCGGAGGUAAAAGCCUGGCUCGAAGACAAGGGCUUCAGCCCAAUCACCGUGCGCUGUCUGGGCGUGCUCAGCGGCUCCAUGCUGCUGGGGAUGAGUCGGGAGGAGCUGAAGACGGUUUGUCAGGAGGAGGGAGGACGGGUCUUCUUCCAGCUGCAAGCAGUGCGCUCAGCUUUGGCUAAUAACAUUUAGACGGACGGAUGGAGGCUGCAGGAGAUGUGAAAGUGGGAUUGGCACGGCACUUCAAGAAAAACAUAUUUAUAUUUUCUAAACUAAAAAUGUCACCAAAUACAUCUAAGUAGUUGGUUGGAUCUUUAAAAAAUGUUUCCUGUCUCGUCAGUGUACAUAAAUCAGAGCAUCAAAAUACCUCAAAUUGCAGUUGAACUCAUUUCUGCAACACACAUUCAGAUUGUUGUGUGUAACAUGUUAAUAAAAACCUUCUGACACA